AUGAUGCAAAAGUUGACUUUGGCACAAAUGGACAAGUCCGACGCUAUUGUGCACCAUAGGCUCCAUAUCGGGAAUAUAUCGGCCCAGCUCUAUGCUAAAAGAGAGACUUUGCACGCUCGUUUGGAGAAGUAUGGCACCAUCACCAAACCCAUUUCCUUCCACACCAAACCACUCAAUGAUUUUUAUUUUGCCUUUGUGGAAAUGGACAUGACCGCCAAGGCGCUCGACAAAUUGAAAACUGCGUUCAAUGGUGUGUUGUUCAUGGGCCGCAAGUUGACUGUGGCCACGGCCAAACCCGAUUUCCAGGAAGAGUUCAAGCGCAGACAGGGCCCAACAAAGAAAGAUGCCUCCAACCACGAGAACAUUGCCCAGCGGCGUGCUCAAAGAAUCACCGAGUCGCAGACCCAGUACCCAUGCAACCGUGUAACAGGCGGCCCGCUUACAAGAACCGCGGUUCUCGGAGCCAACAACUCGAGCAUGGGCUACCAUCUUUCUCUGCAUACUUUCAACAACAUGAGCGGAAACACGAAGCACAAGAGCCCUUCGCAUGACUUGGUGGGCUCCAAAUCGUACGGCAGCACCUUGCAUCCUCGCGGGCCCUUUUCCCAGCAGUAUGCGAGAACCAGUGGGUUUGGCGAAGUUGUGCAAGGAAGAAUCAGAAGAACACCAAGACCCACGGCGUAUUUUGUGCGCAAGCAGCAGACUAUGCGGAUCCUCAUCAAUGGCGAGCUAAAACAAAUCAAGUGUUACAAGACAAAGUUGUGGGGAGUCGAAAAAAACAAAACUGCUCGAGACUUAACCUAUAGUUUCCACAAUAACGAGUGGAGAAGUGGCGAUGACCACGUUGUUGAGCGAGUGCAUAAACGUACGGCAGCAACUGCUAAUGCAUCUUGUGGUGUAGAUGGGGAUCAGGCUGCAGAGUACGGGUCCCUGGCAACACAUCCAGAGAAAUUCGAAGCCGAUGAUGUACACUUUUCUCAAGAGAAGGCAAAGAAUGCUGCCGUGUUGGCCAAGUUGCUUUCCAACAAUGUCUUUGAUAAGCCGUUGGAGAUUGAAGAAGAGUCCGAGGAAGAAGAUGUGACUUACGACAGCAAGGGAAGAAAGACCGCCAAGAGAUUCGACUAUGAGGCAGAAGGAGUGGUGAAUUUUGAUAAUGACGAAGACGAUGUCGACGCCAUACCUUUAGAAGAGGCCAAUUCUGUUCUUCAAAGCCUCAAAGCGCAAGAAAACUUUGCCCAAGAAGUGUACUAUGACGAAGACGAUGAAGGCAACGAGAUUGACAUGGAUACGUUGGGAAAGCAGCUCACGACAGAGGCGAUCAAAAAGAAGUAUGACGAGGACCACGGAUUUGAAGUUGUGGAAAUUGCAGAGCAGAAGGCAGAAUUACAAAAUGAAGACAACGGCUCAUCGUCCGAAGAAGACUUGAUGCCGACAUUUGCCCCAGCCAAUACCAACACAGAAACUCAUAAUACACCGGCAGCACAUAGUACCACGGAAACACUCCGGUCUUUGUUUAAUCCAGCAGAUGAUGCUUCGUCAGGUUUCCAGUUGGCACUUGACGAGGAAGACAUUGGCACCGAGAACUUGUUGGACGAAAAAGAACGACAGGCAUUGCUUGAGCAAAUCAAGUCAAAACAGGAACAGCACCAACAAGAAGUCAGCAUUGCCGCGGGCAAAAGAAACAAGUACGGUUUGUUCUGGAGCCAUUUCGACUCGCCGUUUUUGCAGACACAAGCACAGCUCAGCAAAAUCGGCCACACGGGCGAACAUAUACGUUUACCUGGAGAAGAAGAAGACCAGGAAAUCCGAGACGAAGGCCAUGGCGAAGAAGAUGCCUACGAGAGAUGGUUUUGGUCCAUGAGAGGCGAGAUCGGCCGCGAGUGCAAGAGAAGAAAGAGAGACACGUUGAGAAUGUUGAAGAAGAAAAAGGGCCCAACACGGGUGUAA